CAAUAACAAAAAAAAAAAAAGAGAAUGCCUAUUCGACUUGGUUCACUAGCACCUGAUUUUACUGCUCACUCUACUAAAGGCGAUAUCAAAUUCCAUGAAUACCUUGGGGACAAUUGGGGUAUUCUUUUUUCUCACCCUGCCGAUUUCACACCUGUAUGUACCACUGAACUAGGUUUGGUAGCAGCCUUACACGACGAAUUUGAAGCACGUAAAGUCAAGGUGAUAGGUUUAUCUGCUAAUGGCCUUUCUGAACAUGACCAAUGGAUCAAAGACAUUAACGAAAUCAAUAAUGUCAAACUUGACUUCCCAAUCAUUGCCGAUGGUGACCGCAAUGUUUCUACUUUAUAUGAUAUGUUAGAUAAUCAAGAUCCUACCAAUGUAGACAAUGAUGGUAUUCCAUAUACUGUACGAUCUGUGUUUGUGAUCGAUCCUACUAAAACUGUCCGUUUGAUCAUGACAUAUCCUGCCUCUACUGGUCGUAACUUUGAUGAAAUCUUAAGGGUCGUUGAUUCUUUACAACUUGGCGAUCAACACCGUAUUACUACUCCUGGCAAUUGGAAACGAGGUGAUGAUGUGAUUGUCCAUCCUGAUCUUUCUACUGCUGAAGCUCAACGUGUAUUCAAGGAUGUCCGUGUUAUCAAGCCCUAUUUACGUUUAACCUCUUCCCCUUUUUAAUCUCUCUUCCAUUCUUUUAUUCCCCUAUUUAGUAUGUAUUAUUUAUUAGUGAUCGUUUUAUUUUUAUUCUUUAUCUUCCCCUCGUUACUCUAGUUUUUUUUUUUAUAUGAAUUACGAAUCCUUGUCUAUCUAGUAUGCCAUUCAUCAAUAUAUUUGAUACUUGUAUAUAACAGUAGUAGUAGUAGCAGUAGUAGUAGUAGUAAUAACAGUCGUUUUAUAUAUAGAUUUGAAUAUAUUUCAAUAAAACAUUAUGUAUAUCGUAAAAGG